UCUGGGUAACUGAGGGUUAGCGUGUAAAUAAAAAGUUUUUGUGGUGAAAAAUGGCGUCUUUGGAACCGCUUCAGAAUAAAACUUGGGAUUUAUCCCUGUACGAGCUCAACCGGACACCACAGGAAGCGAUAACGGAUAACACAGAGAUUGCGGUUUCGCCUCGCAGCUUGCACAGUGAGUUGAUGUGUCCGAUUUGUCUGGAUAUGCUGAAGAAAACUAUGACAACAAAAGAGUGUUUGCAUCGGUUUUGUUCCGACUGUAUCAUUACGGCGCUGCGCUCGGGGAACAAGGAAUGUCCUACUUGUAGGAAAAAGCUGGUGUCUAAGAGAUCGCUUCGACCGGACCCUAAUUUUGAUUUGUUGAUAUCGAAGAUUUAUCCCAGCAGAGAUGAAUACGAAGCCCACCAAGAACGAGUGUUGGCCAAAUUCAAUCAAAGUCAUUCCCAGCAAGCUUUAGUUCAUUCGAUUAACGAGGGAAUCAAGUUGCAAUCUCAAAACAGACCGAAUCGCAAACAAAAAAGUGAAAAUGAUUUAACGGCCGCAGCAGCUGCAGCAACAAAUGCGUCUCCUGCUUCUGCUGCCCCGGUUGUUGCAGCGAAUGCAGCCCAACCUGCGGUGGCCAACGCGAAUGGAACCGCUCCGGAGGCAGUCAAUCGAGAAGGGUCAUCAAACAGCCAGGCUGGCGGUGAGUCUAUUCCUCCAUCGUCUAAUCCACCGUCGGUUAGGAGCACUCCCUCUCCAGUGCCGUCCAAUGUCAGUUCGGCCAGCAAGGCCAAACGGGCUCGGUCGGUUCUGACGUCGGAAAAAUCCGAAGAAUCGGAAAGCAACAGCGAGAUGGACGGACGGACUGAGGAAAAUGAUUCCAAUUUGGACACGGAAGGCGAGGGAAAUUCCGAGCAUGGCAGCGACGAAAUAGAGCUUGUAUUUAAGCCACAUCCGACCGAGAUGGCCGGGGACAAUCCGCUGCUGAAGGCGUUGAAGGAAAAUUCGGUCCGCUACAUUAAGACCACGUCUAAUGCUACAGUGGACCAUCUCAGCAAAUACUUGGCCAUGCGUCUCACACUGGACCUGGAAACCGAACUUCCCGAGGCCUACCGAUUGGUGAAUUUCUGCAUCUACAUCGCUCCCCAACCGUCGCAGCUGGUUGUUCUGAGUGGAAACCAGACGCUCUCGCAGGUUAACGAAAAAUUUUGGAAGGUCAAUAAGCCCCUCGAGAUGUACUACUCCUGGAAGAAAUCCUAGGGAACCGCCUAACAUCCGAAGCGUAGUGGGUGAUAGAGAAACACACUCGCACUCGUCGUAGAAGUGGUAUAGUAUUAUUCGCUGCAUUAAGUAUUGCAAUGCAUUGUACCGUUGCAGAACUCCCCCGGAUACAAAAGUUACAUUUCUCCAUUAUCUUUGGGAUAAUUUCGUACAGUAGAAGUCGAUGUGUAUUGUAAAUAGUACAGUUGCAAAUGGGUUUUAUUGAACAUCAUACUAGUAUAGGCGCCUUCCAGGCUUUGGUACGUGUUCUUAAUUAGGUUUCUUGGUAGAUUAUCGUGACGGUUAACAGAAUUUUAUUUUAGUUCGUUCUUGAAAGUUUCAAAUGAUAAACAAUUCAAUUAUGUCUAAACAGUUUUAUGAAGUGUAGGUAAAAAAUGUAAAGAAUAAAUCAUGAUGAUAGUGAAAGACAUGUUGUUUUAGCAAUUUGCUUUCUUUAAAAGCUACCAAAUUACGGUAACUGGUAUAUAUUCACACACUUGCCUGCUUUCCAAGAAAGUCAAAUAGGGUCCUUUUUGCUGACUUUGACGCCGGUCGCUAUGCUUGAAAGCCUUAGGUCUACUAAACGACCUUUGUGCAAAACAACGUACCAGAUUUGAAAACUUUGACCCUUGACCAGUACGAUUUUACAAUGUAGCAUGCUUGUGGAUGUCACCUACCAAAAUCUAUACAAUCGUCCUCAUCGCGAAGCUGGGUCCAGAGAACCUGAACCUAUGGAGCACAAGCACGUUUACGAUCCUUUAGGCGCUGUCCAUAAACUACGUAGACUCAUUUUUGGCUAUUUCAGACACCCCUCCCUCCUCGUAGACGCUUUUUCAUACAAAAUAUUCGAAAUUUGUAUGGACCAUUCAGGUAAACCUUGACCAGAACCCCCCUUCUUCCCUCCGAGUCUACGCAGUUUAUGGAUAGCCCUUAGUAAUUAGGAAAAGUGAAAGGAUAUUUGCAGAGACUCAAAUAACUUUGCCUGCUCUAAUAAUAUGCCCAUUUGUAGCACUUUCUUUCAGCACAGUCUUCCUUAGAUAAGGUCGAUAAAUUACGUCACGCAAAAAUUGCCCAUUUUCCAACCCCCUACCCACUAUGUUACACUUUUUGUAUGAGACCUCAACAUUUUUUGAAUGGGUCGUCAUACUUUUCUGAACCACCCAUUCCACUUUCCUCUCGCAGCGGCUGCCAUGAACGACUCAGUUGAGAGCACCGUCGGGUAUUUGGAAUGGAGUCGAAGUUGGUUCGACGAAAAGAGUAGAGGCAUUAUUCGAAUGUCUCAUGAUGCAGCAUGGUCGUCCGCGCUGCAGUAUGAGACCCGACAGAACGUCGUAAGCGGAAGAGAAAGCAGCAGACCUGUCUCUUCCGGGAGAAGAAUAAAAAAGCUCUCAGCUAAUAACUGUGAAAGGAGGGUACUAAAUAUUUACUGGAUGACAGAUUAAAAUUUUGAACACAGUGCCAAAGAAAGGAAGCCUUGCUCCGCAAUAAUUGUAAUGCAAUAACAUCAAAUAAACAACAAAUAUUGAAUUUACCAGAUAUUGUAAGACUGUUUAACAGUGAGAUAGUUCUGUCUACUAGGUAUCAGUUCAUGCGAACAGAAAGCCUCUUACGUUCUAAGAUGCUGAGAUAAGGAACCAGAUAGCUGAUAAAGUUUUCAGAAGGUUCUAGGUACAAUCAGGAAUGCGUUCUUUAGUGGGAUUUUGAAUUGAAAUAUCUCAAAUAUAUUUGCCGCAUGGUAAUAGUAUUUAACAUAUGUUGAAGUUGAGAGUUCAUGUUAGUAUAACAAUAUUCAUCCUUGUUGAUAAGAAUGAUAUCAACCAUAUAUAAAAAAGUAAUGUGUUCUUCAAAAAAAAAAACUAUCUCCUCAUAGCUAUAAAAUAGAAAAAUAAAGCAAAAUGAUCCAAGCAGCUAUCAGUCUUACAUACCAUUCGAUACCUUUUGAUUUUUUUUUGCUGUCAGAGAGUACAAAGUUCGAAGAUUCAAAGUAAAAAUUGACAUUCUCAUUUUUUCAUUGAUUUGUGCUUCGCCACAUUGAUUGUCAACUGAAUGCCUCUCUAUUUUCAUUCAAUUCACUGUCAUGAGUAAUUUCUUGCACAUUGUAAAAUAAUCACUUUCUGUUAACAAACGCAAAAUUCGACUUGAUGAACAAAUGGAACAGAUGGUCAGUAUUCCAAUUAAUUACUGUAUCCAAGUUUUGUGGUGAUUGGAAGUUUAUGGGAGUUAUGGUCUAGUUUUUUUUUCUUAGUGAAAAUUGUCAGUGACAGAAAAACGAAUGAAGCGAAAAAAAUCAUUCACCAUAAUGAAUUUUAUUUUGAUCCUUCAGUUGAGAAUUUUCAAAAUUCGCGUUAAUUUCACUCAUUGCAAAUGAAAAUUUUAAACUCUGUUGUAUGUUACACAUACCGUCUUUCGAAGUGACAUUGUAUUACGAGUCUGGGUCGAAAUUUAGAGGCAAGUCAGAUUUCUCGAGAGAACAUCUCCACUCAAAAUGUUGUUCAGUAUUGCUCAUAAUUGCUUUAUUAUUUCCCAUUCAUGUUAAAAUGUGAUCUGGCAGUAGUGUUGAUCCAAGACGUGUUGCGUUUUCAAAAUGAAAAGGAAAACGGCUCGAAUACAUUCGACCGGCUGUGAGAAAAUUCGUCCAUAUGAUUUCAUUAAGACAGUUUGUUUCUAGCAGUUUUCUUUGAAAGAUCAUAACUCAAGAACGAAGCAUCUUCUUGAGUUAUGGUUUUUCAAAGAAAACGGCUCAUAUGACACAUCUGGACAAUUUUUACAGAAUUGGUCAUAACUCAAGAACGAAAAAUAAGCACAUCUUCAAAAUUUUACAGAAUAUAGGUUAAAAAAAAUCCUUUCCAAAAAUAUUUUUUGAGAAUUUUUCCGGACUUUGUAAAUAAUUUUUCCGACUUUUACAACCACAUUUCCUCAACAGUGAUAAAAUUUGCUUAUGAUUUCACAAAAUAAACUUUGUAUGUACGAUACUUCGUUCUUGAGUUAUACCGGCUCAUUUGGCAAAUCUGGACUACUUCUAUAACUUAGUAACGAAAAAAAAAACACAUCUUGAAAGUUUUACAGAAUAUUUUUUGGGAUUUUUUCCGCACUUCGAAAAUAGUUUUUCCGACUUUUCUAUCCGAUUUUCUGGGGAAAACAAUUUCAAUACAAUUUUUUUUGAAUUGUUGAGAAAAUUUGCGUAUGGUUUCACAAAAGUCGAGUCAUUGUCAAGUAGACGGGCUUAGGGGCGAUUUCUUCACCCUGGCUUAAGCGUUAAACCAGGUUUAACUAUAUGAGUUGCGGUCUUCGGCAACAUUCAUCAUUGAGAUCUGAAGAAUUCAAUUUGGCUUUGACUCUAUGACUUUAUUCAUGUGUGGAAGCUCUACAACGUGGAGAACUUUUUUUGCAAAUUCUCCAUAGUAAUUCCCAUACAAACCUGUUUUGCUCUUGGGCCACCAUUAAAUCACCACCGAAAUGGCUGAAAAUUUGACAGGACUCUAGUUUUGCACCAAGGAUUGUAAUAAACAUAUGGAAGCUUUGAGUUUUUAACAUUUUUGAAGUCUGAACUACGCUAGGCUACAGUUGUCUUUGCCUCCGCGAGUCUAUGGUAUCUAUAGUGUCUAUAGUUAAGUGGCUACCGCUUGUGAUACAUAUGCAGAAGGUCCAGGCUCGUCCUUUUCCUGCUACUUUGCAUUUUUCUAUCUACUCUUCUCUCCCCACUAACAAACACUUCUUCCCGUGACAAUCGUGGAGAAGUAGAGGUGGUCUUAGUUACAAAAUAAAAAUGCAAACUUUAGACUUUUUUUUUUGAAAAUUGUGUACCUAUGGGCGAAAACAUACUUUCAUGUUUGAAGAGAACAUUAUUGAACAAUUUUCAACUAAUCUCACCUUCAACGGCUAUAUGUGUAUUACAUAAUAUUCUGAAAAAUAAUUACUGAAGAAAUAAUUACUUAUGUGUGCUGUUCAGGUAACAUAGACUCUGAAAAGAGCAUAAAUUCACGCAAUGCAACUGAAAACAGUAAAAUGAGUUAUACCUAAUAUUCCUAUAGUUUAUGUUCGUUCCACACAUCACAAUAAGCUCAAAAGUAGAAGAAUGGUCCACGCCAAUGGUGAACCAAGGGCCUGCGUACAUUACCUACUCAAAUAGUUCUAAUAGACACACAAGCUGCGACGGUACAGUGCAUAAUGCUCGUGAAGUUAGGUUUAUAUUUCACUUCUUUCGGUGUAGAAUAUUCGUGUGUACUAAUAAAUUUAAAUUUAAAUAUUUAAAAAGUUUCCCUGAA